AUGAAAAAUAAUAAGGAAAUAAGAUUAAUUUACAGAAAAUUAGAUGACAAUUUUUUUGUUAUCAACAAACCUGUUAAUUGGACCUUAAAAAAGAAAAAAGUAAUUAAGGAUCUAAAUUUUUCAAAAUGUUUUAAAGAAUAUGAAGAGAAAGAAAAUAAAAAUGAAAAUACUAGAUAUAUAAAUGUUUUAAAAAACCUUAGCGUUUCUGAAAAAAAUACAUUUUUAUUCACUAAUUCAUCAUCAUAUUUUUAUAAUAAUUUUAAUUACAAUUUAGCUGAACGUAAUUUAAAAGAUAAAGAUAAGGAAGAUGGUAAGAGAAGCUCAAAUAACAAAUUUAUAGAAAAAUAUUAUUUAGAAUCUAUAUUAAGAUGUGAAACAAAAACAGAUAUAUAUUUUCCAUAUAAAUUACCCAUAUAUAUGAGUGGCCUGGUGAUAUGUUGCCGAGAUUACUUUAUUUAUAAGAAAUUUUUGCAAAUGAUUGAUGAAAAUAAAUUGAUAAGGAAGUAUAGAUGUCUAAUAAAUGAUCCUUUUGUUUUUAUUAGUAAUAAACAAAAUUCCUACAAAAAAGAAGAAAGUGUUAUAGAAAAUAUAAAGUUCCUAGAAAAACAAUACAAUCAAGAUAAAAGUGUUAAUAAAACUAAUGAUGAACAUAUUUACAAAAAGAUUUAUUUAUCAAAUAUUAGUUCAUUAAUAGCACAAAAAGAAGUAAGUGAAAUGUUUCCAUUUUAUAAUUUUUUUGAUAAUAAUCCUUAUACUUUAAAUUACUGGUAUUAUAUAACUAACUUAGAAAUUGAGAAAUUGACUGAAAAAAUGAGUUUUCUUUUAAAAAAUGAUAAAAAAAAAAGUACACCAUCAAAAAGGAAAAGAAUGAAAUAUAACUGUGAUUCAGAGAAGGAAAAUAAUGAUUACUUUAUAGAUGCAUAUUUAAAGAAAAGUCAACCUAUAAAAAGUCUUAAUAAUUUUUUCACUUAUAUUUUUAAUAGUGAUUCAAAUAAUUUUACAUGUUUAAAAAGAGAGCAUAGUGUUAUUAAAGAGUCUAAAGAACAAGACAAUCCUAAUAUUGAGAACCCUUAUUACAACAGUACACAUAAAAAAAGUGAAAAUGAGUUAAAACUUUCCUAUAAUAUGUGUAAUCUAAAUUUGAAUGACUUAUACAAUUCAAAAAAAAAAAUAUUAUUUCCAUUAUCCCUUUUUUUUAAUGAGAGCAAUUUUUUUUUUUUAGAUAAAGAAAUUGAUAAGUAUUCAUUAAAAUUUUCAAUGAUCUAUAAAAUAAAAAAUUAUAAAGAAUAUUUAGAAAAAAAUAUUUUUUUAAAUAAUGAAAAAAGUGUAAAUUAUAAUCUAGAAAAUUUGAGUAAUAUUUUUUUGAUUGAAUUUAUCCUGUUAGAUAACCCUAAACCUGAUCUUAUAAGGUUUUUUUUUAGUGAAGCAAAUACACCUAUAAUAAAUGAUAACAUAUUUGAUAAAAAUAAUUUUAAAAAGGACGUUAUUAAUGAGUUGAUAUUAAGAAAGGAAAAUAAUAAUUUGAAUGUAAAUACAAACAUUUUUGGAGAUACAUACAGUGAUAAUUUGCAUGAAUUUUUUAAUGAAAAAAUAGAAAAUUAUAAUAAACAAUAUAAUGAUAAUUUAUUAGACAAAUAUAAAUCAAAUACAAAUGCUUUUACUAUACCUGAUGAUAAUUCUUUAAAUAAUGCAAAUAAAGAAAUAAAACUUAAUUUAAAUAAUUAUUUUAUAAAUGAAACUAAAAAUCCAAUUGAUAAUGAUUAUGAAGAACAUAAUACAAAAAAAAAGUUUCCUAAAGAUAGUAAUUUAUGUUUAGAAUUAUAUCAAUUACAGUUUCGUGAUCCUCUUAGUAAUGAUUUUAUAAAAAUAGAAAAUUCUUUGUCUACUUCAUGGAUGUAA